AUGGUUUCAAAGAAAUUAUUUUCAAUUCUUAUUAUAGGGUUAAUUUUAAACUCUUAUUUGAUUGCUAUCAAUGCUCAAAUUAAUUCUGGUCCAACAGAGGUUGUUACUCCACUCUCUACCAACAUGAAGAAUAGUAUUGAAACUCGUGACGAUAUUAUUGCUCGUAUCAAAGAUCCAUUACGUAGAAGACAAGCAGUCGGUGAUGUUCUUACCACAUUGGUUGCCAAUGAAGCCGAGCCAAUUAUUGAUCUCAUCCAAAACCAUCACCUCGAUCUGGUCAGUACUGCAAGAGGCUUACUCGUCGGUGCUCUCAGCUUUGUUCCAGUAGUCGGUGGUUUGUUGUCCUAUGCUACAGAUAUUGCCUUUACUCUGCUUCGUCACGACGAUACCACCAAGAAAAUGAUGGAUGCUCUCAAUGAACCAAUCAAGGCCAUGAUCAACACUGGUAUCACAAACUACAAUUUCAUUGCCCUAAAAUCCAAGUUUGAAGGUCUAUCUGAUGCCGUCAAGGACUUUAGAGAUGCCGUUGCCAACUACAAGAUUGCUCCAACUCCAGACAACAAGGUACACGUCCAUGAACAAUUCAUCGCAACCAGAACUCUUUUCCACGGUGCUUUACCUGAUUUUAGAAAUCAAGAGUAUAAAGUAAGUGAAGGUCCAAUUUCUGUUUUUGCUUGUACUGCUUUUCUCUACCUUCUCUCUGAUGCUAUUCAAAACCAUGAAUACUAUGGUUUCGAUACGACAUGGAGAGAUACCUUUUACUCUGACUUUAUCAAUACUAGAAAGAGUUUCCAAGAUUUCUUUGUUGGUUUCUAUGACGCUGCUUUUGCACAAAUCUCCAUUCCAUCAGGUACCAACUCUUUGAAAGAGUACAACAUGCGUAACGAAUUCUACAAUGCAAUGGUUACCAAUAUUUUUGAUGUUUCAAACUUUUGGUUUGCAAUGGACCCAAUUCUUUUCCCAAAUGGUGUAGUUACUGAAAAUACUAGAUACUUGUUUUCUAGUGUCUCUGGUUAUCCAACCGAACAAAUUAAUCCAGUUCCACCAAAGAAGGAUCCACAUCUUGACACUUAUGCCAAGAUUAAAGCUAGAUUCGACUCGUUCAACUACCACCCAUACCAAGGUCGUUUGGUUGGUGCCAACAUUUGGUGUUUUGAUCGUAUCGAUUCUGUUCAAAACAAGUUCUAUGCCUAUGGUAAUCCAACAGCAUCUACUCGUCUUGGUAUCCGUGUUGGUGGAAGUGGUGGUGCUCUCAAGACUCUUGACCUCUCCAACCGUAACGACACUAGCUUUACCAUUGGUCACGAUCCAGACAACAUUUGGAAGCUCAACGACCCCUCCCAAACUUUUGGUACCGAUCGUAACUUCUUGACCUACACCACCGUGUCGAUGCCCGGACACAUUGUCGGUCAAUUGUGUCCACUUGGUUGGAACCACGAUCAAACCAUCCAAAGCAUGUCUGGCAUUUCUGUUGGGUUUGUCGAUCAAGAUGUUCGUGAUGAAAACAUCAUCUUCCAAGAGACUGCCAGUAUGAUCACUGCCGAGAAGACCUUUGCCCAUUCGCCAACCUCUAUCACUGUCACCAAGGAUGGUAUCAACACUGCCAUGCACGCUAUCAACCUGCCAGCCAACACUCCAGUCACCUUGGACUACUAUCUCCAAUAUGCCGUCACCAAACCAACACUCUCGUCCAACUUCCGUAUCUUUGUCUAUGGCAAGAGUACCACAACAGGUGCCACCACUCUCACCUUUACUCUUAACGGUUCAGUCGUAGGUUCAAAGACAUUCUCGUCGGCUGCCAACGAUCUCGUCCAUGCCAAGGUUGUCGAUACCGGUAUCAUCAUGACUCUUUCACCAUCCAACUUUAACAACUUCCGUAUUGCUUUUAAUGGUGCUAAUUAUCUUCUUCAAAGCUUUAUCUUGAGAAAUGAAAACUAA